UCUCGCCAUCUGUGAUUUGUCUUCUUCUAUUCAUCUCUCUCUCUCUCUCUCUCUCUCUCUCUCUCUCCUUGGUAUCCAAUUCCUCUGCAACUCUCAUCAACUCCUAGAAAGCAAAAUAAAAAAUAAUAAUUAUAAUAAUUAUAAAAAGGAGAGGAAGCACCGAAGCUUCAACUCCAAGAAAAGCCUUACCUUAUCUUUCUCUCUCUCGCUCGCUUUCUCAUAUUCGAGAUUGAUACGAAAACCUAUACACGCAUAUUCUCUCUCUCAUAUAUGUAAGCAGGUGAAGUUAAGAGCUAGAGCUUUGCUUGGAGGAUUCGGCAAUGGCGGAUGAUUGCUGCGCCACGCAACUCAUCGACAGAAAUGGCGAAUUCAACGUCGCGGGGCUCGAGGAUUUCAUGAAGAAAGUGAAGCUCGCCCAGUGCGGACUCUCCUACGCCGUCGUCGCCGUCAUGGGACCUCAGAGCAGCGGGAAGAGCACUUUGUUGAAUCAUCUUUUCCACACAAAUUUCAGGGAGAUGGAUGCUUACAGGGGAAGGAGUCAAACAACUAAGGGCAUUUGGAUAGCACAUUGUGUUGGAAUUGAUCCUUGCACAAUUGCCAUGGAUUUGGAGGGUACUGAUGGGAGGGAAAGAGGCGAGGAUGAUACCACAUUUGAGAAACAAAGUGCCCUAUUUGCUUUGGCAAUUUCUGAUAUUGUACUUAUAAACAUGUGGUGCCACGAUAUUGGACGGGAGCAUGCUGCAAACAAACCUCUGCUUAAAACAGUUUUUCAGGUCAUGAUGCGUUUAUUCAGCCCCCGCAAAACGACACUGCUGUUUGUUAUACGUGACAAAACAAAGACUCCACUUGAACUUCUAGAGCCAUUUUUAAGGGAAGAUAUCCAGAAGAUAUGGGAUGCAGUUCGUAAGCCUGAGGAGCACAAAAAUACUCCUUUGAGUGAAUUUUUCAAUGUGGAUGUCGUUGCUCUGUCUAGCUAUGAAGAGAAGGAGGAGAACUUUAAGGAGGAGGUUGCUCAACUGAGGCAGCGCUUUUUUCAUUCCAUUUCUCCAGGAGGGCUAGCUGGUGACAGACAAGGUGUUGUUCCUGCCUCAGGCUUUUCUUUUAGUGCACGGCAGAUGUGGAAAAUUAUAAAAGAAAACAAGGACCUUGAUCUGCCUGCUCACAAGGUUAUGGUUGCCACAGUACGUUGUGAAGAGAUUGCCAGUGAAAAAUUCAAACAAUUGGCCUCUGAUGAGGGUUGGUUGGCAUUGGAAAAUGCUGUACAUACGGGUUCUGUUGCAGGUUUUGGGAAGAAGCUGAGCUCAAUACUAGAUGCCUAUCUUUCUGCAUAUGAUAUGGAGUCAGCGUACUUUGAGGAAGGUGUGAGAUAUGCUAAACGACAGCAGUUGCAGUCAAAAUUAUUGGAUUUCGUGUACCCUGCAUAUACUACAAUGAUAGGAAAUCUACGGUCUGAAGCACUUGAAAAGUUCAAAAGUAGGCUGGAGCAUUCCUUAAAUGAAGGAGAAGGAUUCGCUGCAGCUGUUCAUGACUGCACUCACUCUUGCAUGCUUGAGUUUGACCAAGGAUGUGCAGAUGCUGCAAUACAACAAGCUAAUUGGGAUGCCUCAAAAGCAAGAGAAAAGCUUAAACGUGAUAUUGAUGCUCAUGUAUUAUCUGUUCGUAGUGCAAAGUUGUCAGAAUUAAUCGGAAACUAUGAGAAGAAACUUUCCGCAGCUUUAUCUGAACCAGUUGAGUCCCUAUUUGAAACUGGUGGAAAGGAUACCUGGACCUCAAUUAGAAAACUUCUUAAACAUGAGACUGAAGUUGCAGCAUCAGAGUUCUCUUCUGUCAUUGCUGGUUUUGAGUUGGACCAAGAUUCAAUUAUAAAAAUGAUACAAAAUCUAAGGGAUUAUGCAAGAAAUGUGGUUGAGAAAAAGGCAAGGGAAGAAGCUGGAAAGGUUUUGAUCGGCAUGAAAGAUAGGUUCUCAACAGUCUUCAAUCAUGACUAUGAUUCGAUGCCAAGGGUCUGGACUGGGAAAGAAGACAUUAGAGCGAUUACAAAGGAAGCUCGUUCUGCUUCUCUGAAGCUUUUAUCGGUUAUGGCGGCAAUUCGCUUGGAUGAAAAGCCGGAUAAAAUUGAAAGAAUACUCUUUUCCUCCCUCAUGGAUGGAGCUGUCACUGUUUCUACAAAAAGUAGGGACAUAGGAACGUCUACUGAUCCUCUUGCAUCAAGCACUUGGGAGGAGGUUUCUCCCAAGGAUACCCUAAUAACACCAGUGCAGUGCAAGUCACUGUGGAGACAGUUCAAAUCAGAGACUCAGUUCACUGUCACACAAGCUAUUUCAGCGCAGGAGGCGUACAAGCGGAGUAACAACUGGUUGCCUCCUCCAUGGGCAAUUGUAGCAUUGAUUGUUCUUGGUUUUAAUGAGUUUAUGCUCCUUUUGAAGAAUCCUUUAUACCUCUUGGUUUUGUUUGUGGUGUUUUUGCUUUCGAAAGCCUUAUGGAUACAGAUGGACAUUGCUGGAGAGUUUCGUAAUGGCACUCAGCUGGCUGGACUACUAUCGAUUUCGUCAAGGUUUUUUCCCACUGUUAUGAACCUUUUAAGACGACUUGCCGAAGAAGCUCAGGGACAUCCAACGCCUCAAGCAUCAGGACAGUCAGGUUCUGCUGUUUCCCAGGGAUUCAGACAUCAAACGCAUCCAUCAAAUCCAUUAUCUAACUCAAUCCCCGAGUCAUCGGUAUCAUCCAAUAUUUCAUCAUCUGAUGAUGGCGUCGAAUAUUUGAGCCCUAUUUUGAAUCGCAGGCGAGCUACAAACAUUCAAGAACCAGAACUUUCUUGACAUGAGUUCCUUAUCUGCACAAUGUGUAUCGGAUGGACUCUUUUUGCAGUAGUUUAUUUUCUUGCUUCUUCUUGUAGUCUUUUCGACUUCAUUUCCUUGGUUCACAGAGGACGUUGAAAAGCCAGAUUCUACAAAAUAACUCUGCAUGGAGCUUUUCAUAGAUAGAUCAAAGCUUAACCGUAGAUUGACAUUUUAAUUCUGUAUAGUAACCACACACAUGGUCUUUAUUAAUGACAAAUAAAGAAAUCUGAAUAAUUA